CAUAUAUUCUUCUUCUUUUUCCAAUCUGUUUCCCGCGCAUCCUUCGCAAUCGGCAGGGAGUUUGCGAGUGCGAUAUGUUGAACAAUUCUCCUACAAUGGAGGAUCUCGACGGAGGAAUGGCAAGUGAUGUAGAGAGAGAAGAGGAAGAAGCUGUGACCGACUUACUCCGAGAUCGAUUCCGAUUAUGCACCAUCUCUAUUGCCGAAGAUGAGGCCAAACAAUGCGGUAUGGAGGUUUCUCAACCGAUCAUCACAUGUAUAUCUGAUUUAGCCUUCAAGUUUGCAGAACAGCUAUCAAAAGACCUAGAAUUAUUUGCACAGCAUGCUGGUCGGAAGUCCGUAAACAUGGAAGACGUUAUUCUUUCCGCACAUCGGAAUGAUCACCUGGCUGCCUCAUUGAGGUCCUUCUGUAAUGACCUCAAAACAAAAGAGCCCAAUUCGGAGAGGAAGAGGAAGAAGAAUCCCAAAAGGGAAGGAAGACUUGCUCCAGAUUUACUUCGUACUCCAGACACUUAGAUUAGAGGUAUGCCCAGUUUUACCAUGUAUCAAGUUAGCCUAAUAGCUUAGUGAGAGCAGCAACCACAACCUUUCGAAGUAAACAGAUUGACAGCAUUACUGAAAAGUAGCGCCUAAAGUGGAAGGACAAGAAAAACUUCUGGAUUUGAACUUCCAUGUCUCAUUAAAACGCUUGGAAUAGUAUUUUGUUUGCCUGUAUUCCUAUUUCCUUUGCUUCAGUGCCUCUAAGGUUCAAGUACUUUUGUUAGUUGAUGAAAUGACUUAUUGAAAAAUUUGUCUCGUAUGUUGAGGCA